UGAAAGGGUUUUGCCUUCUCUAACCUCACUACCACAAACGAGUACACAGCAGCCCUCUGGUCCUGGUUGCCCAGCGGGAAUCCAACUGUCCUCAUUUCUUUUCCAUUUAGUCUCUCUAGCCAGCUUGACAUCUCUACUUUGUUUUCGUGGCAAUUUUGCAUCUGGGUUUUUGAGUUCUCUAUUCAUAUACAUAUCUGAAGCAUGAAUUUGAAGCGCUUAGUUAAUAGGCAAGUGGUUAACAACUUAUCGAGAUUCAAUGGAAGAGUGCGGACUCGAAGAGAUUUCUCUACCAUUACAGCCUCAAUCCAUUCCUCAAACAGCAGCUGUGAUGGAGUGGUUCCUUAUAAUUGUAGUAACUCGACACCCAUUUUGUCCUUUAAUAGAUACAUGCACACUAUUGGAGAAACAAAGUUGAUUGGGUCGAGUUUUAAUCCGAAACACAAUGCUAAUGAUUCCGAGGAGGAUGAAACCAUGAAUGAGUUCUUGUCGCGAUUUGUGUGGAUAAUGCGUGGGAAGCUAACUGAAGUGUAUAAGGAUUGUGAUAAAGAGACGAUUAAUGGUAUGCUUUUGGUUAUUGUUGGAGAAGUUGUUUCGGAAAUGGAAAAGGGUGGUCUUGAACAAAUGCUUGAUGUUUCGGUUGCUACGUUGUCACAGGGUUUCAGUAGGGAUUUGUGGAAGACAGUGUGGGAAGUGAGCAAUGCAGUGUUGGCAGAUAUGGAAAGGGAAAGGAAGAAGGAGAAAAUGAAGGGUUUUUUGCAGUGUGAGGAGGUGCAGGAAUUGUGUAGGUUUGCUGCUGAGAUUGGAAUCAGAGGGGACAUGAUGAGGGACUUUAGGUUCAAAUGGGCGCGUGAGAAGAUGGAAGAGAGUGACUUUUAUGAGGGUUUGAAGCGUCUCAGAGAAGAAGUGAGAGCCCAGGAGAAAGCAGAAGAAGAGGGAAAGAAUGCUGUGGCCAUGGGUGAAGAGGCUGAGAUCAUGGAUGGGGAGAAACCUAAGGUCGUUACUCUUCCUAGGAGACAUGGGAAGAUAAAUUACAAGAUUUAUGGACUUGAUCUUUCCAAUCCUAAGUGGGCUAAAGUUGCUGAUAGAAUCCAUGAGUCAGAAAAGCUUGAUUGGCCCGAGGAACCGAAGCCAAUAUCUGGGAAAUGCAAAAUUGUUACUGAGAAAAUCCUUGCAUUGAAAGAGGAGGAUGACCCUUCUCCACUGUUAGCUCAAUGGGCAGAGCUUCAAAAGCCUAGCAGGAUUGAUUGGUUCACUUUGUUGGAUAAGUUGAAAGAACAGAAUACUCGUUUAUACCCUAAGGUAGAGGAAGUUUUGUUGAGCGAAAAAUCCUUCCAAGCUAACAUUCGCGACUACAGCAAGAUUAUUGAUGCCCAUGCUAAACAGAACCGCAUAGAAGAUGCUGAAAGAAUUGUUGAGAAGAUGAAUGAAAAUGGUAUUCAACCAGAUGCUUUGACCACUAAUAUUUUGGUACACAUGUACAGCAAGGCAGGAAAUCUUGACCGUGCUAGAGAAGCAUUAGAAAGCUUGAGGAGACUUGGUUUCCGGCCAGACAGAGAGAUCUACAAUUCGAUGAUCAUGGCAUAUGUAAAUGCUGGUCAACCUAAGUUGGCUGAAUUAUUGAUGAGAGAGAUGGAGGCAAGAGACAUCAAGCCUACAAUGGAGAUCUACAUGACUUUGCUUCGGUCAUUUUCACAACAUGGAGAUGUUGGUGGAGCUGGACGAAUUGCAACCACAAUGCAGUUUGCAGGAUUCCAGCCGAAUUUGGAGUCUUGUACAUUGCUUGUUGAGACAUUUGGGCAAGUUGGUGAUCCUGAUCAGGCAAGGAACAACUUUGACUAUUUGAUGAGGCUUGGACACAAGCCUGAUGACAGGUGCACUGCAGGCAUGAUUGCAGCUUAUGAGAAAAAGAAUAUGUUGGAUAAGGCUCUCAAACUUUUGUUAGAGCUCGAGAAGGAUGGUUUUGAGCCUGGACUUGCUACUGACACUGUCCUUGUCGAUUGGUUGGGGAAAUUGCAGCUGGUUGAUGAGGUUGAGCAGCUAUUGGGCAGGAUUGCUGAGCAGGGCGAGGCUCCUCCUCUCAAGAUUCAAGUUAGCCUUUGUGAUAUGUAUGCAAGGGCUGGGGUCGAGAGGAAGGCUCUUCAGGCUUUGGGGGUUGUGGAAGCCAAGAAGGAGCAAUUGGGGUUGCAUGAUUUUGAAAGGGUUGUAGGCGGGCUUAUCGCUGGUGGGUUUGUGCAGGAGGCUCAAAGGGUACAUGGGUUGAUGGAGGCCCAGGGCCUUGCUUCAGAACAUCUAAAGGUUGCGCUAACGGCAUCUCAAGCUUUUUCCCGCAAGAGACCAUCGAAAUAGUUUGCCGUCACGAUUCUCGAGGUUAUGGCACACUAGUGAUAAUUGAGAUGCUGUUUUGGUAGUUCAUAUAGGAAAAUCAAACGCUACUUGACAAGCAGGAUGUAGCAUCGUUUCAGUCAUACUCUCAUGUUUGGCUUUUAUUCGUGUGCCCAUGUUGGUGUAAUUCAGGAAACUGUUUUAAUCAUGAUGGAGGCCCUUUUUAAUAAUUAAUUGAAAGGAGAAGGUUGCUUCGUUCUGUAUUA